UUGUACAGUACAGUACUUGUUAAACUGUAGCACUCUCGACUUGCCGUCUGGCGAUGAAAAUCGAACGGUGAUUUCCGCAGCUGCGAUUUACAAUUUCAUCAGCCGGUCUAUUUAGUAGUUUUGCAGUUUUGCUUAAUCAUUUAAUUACGAACUGGAGCGAGUUGGUUCUCAUUAUUUUUGGUUACAAAACGUUAAAUUGUUUAGGAAAUGCUCCUUAUAAUUGAAUUUUACAGUGCAUAUCGGUCAGUUUUUACAUGAGAUAAUGGUUCAGUUUUUAUGGCAAAAAGUAAAGUUGCUGAUUUAGCGGCAGCACGACAGCGGGUUGCGCUUCGGCAGUCCCUGCAGUUUGCCAGCACAGCCGGAAAUCGUAGAGCGCGCGCACCAAUAAAACGUCGGAGUUGCACGGACAUUCCCUGUCUGGUGGUCUUCCUCGCGUACAUCGUGGGAUGGGGCUUCGUUGCUUACUAUGCCUUCACAAAUGGACUGUUAGCCCGGGUCAUCCAUCCAACGGACAGCCACGGCCAAGUGUGUGGUCAAGACGAUGCCCUAACAAGACCGUACCUCCUGUACUUCGAUUUGACACGAUGCAUGGACCCAUCCGUGAUCAUUACCGGCUGCAUGUCCCAGAGCGUGUGCGUCACCCAUUGUCCCAACACUACAUUCACCCUGCUGACCCUUUUGGAAUCCGUCAUAUCCGCCCCCCUUGAGCCGCUGAAUCUCAGCCAGCUAAUCUGUCAGGAUGGUGUGGAACUGGAUUCGUUGAAAAGAUUGUCGAAACCACAGCAAGCGGAUGCCGUGACACUGUUAGUGAAGAAUCAGCAGUGCGCAGCGUACUACCUACCCAGUGGACCCAUUGCCGGGCGCUGUCUGCCGGGUCUGAAGGAGAGCGCCGAUGGACACGCGGUGGCCAUGUUUUCCGAGGCGGAUGGAUCGCUGAAUGUGGACACGAACCAGACCAUCAGUGUGCAGAACGUCUUCAAUGCCUCCACCUGGGUGCAUCUCUACGCGGAAACGCAGGAGUACUUCAAGAAGGUGGUGGUGGAUUUUCAAAACUCGUGGCGAGUUAUCGUCGUCGGGCUGGCUUUCUCGGUCAUCAUCUCCAUGGUGUGGAUCAUUGCGCUGCGCUGGAUUGCAAAACCGAUGAUCUUCCUGUCCGUUGUAGGAAUUCUCGGCGGCCUAGUGUAUGCCGUGUAUAUGUGCUAUCAGCAAUACAAGCGGUUGGCCGCCAUCGACGCAGCGAUCGACGAAUCAGCGGGAAACACUACUACAGAUACCGGAAGUAACCUAACAGUCAGAAAUAUCGUGGAAAAUGUGGCAAAGGGCGGCAGUGCGAACAACAUAACUGGAAUGAGUGAUAAAAUUAUCAAAGUAGAAGGAAUAUUAAGAAGGCUGAAAGCCUUGGGCGAGUAUCUGACUCUAAUGCUUGCAGGAAUCGCUGCCUUUGUGGUUUUCGUUAUCUUCUUCUUGGUUGUCAUCUUUCUUCGUAAGCGCAUUGUGACUGCGACGGCGCUUCUCCGAACGAGCUCCAAGGCAGUCAGCACGAUAUUAUCCUCCCUGAUUUUUCCACUUUUCCCUCUGAUACUCCAGUUCGUGAUCAUCGGAGCCUGUUUGGCUUGCUCUGUAUGGCUGACGGCCACUGGUCAACCGAUUGGAGCCAUUUAUAAUUCUACGGUGAAUGCGCCUGCAGGAUUGCAGGAGAAUGAAACAUGUGACCCGAAUACGUUUCGUGAGAACCAUCCCAACACGACAGCGAGAUGCAAAUUUCUGUAUUUUGAAAAAGACCCGAAUCUGAUUUACUACCAAAUCUACAACUUUUUUGGAUUGCUCUGGGGUUACUGCUUCUUCUCGGCCCUGGGUCAGCUGACACUGGCUGGGGCAUUUGCCAUGUACUAUUGGGCGUUCAACAAGCCAGAUGAUAUUCCCGAUCUUCCGGUGGCCUCUGCCUUGUACCGAGCGUUAAGAUAUCAUACCGGUUCGAUUGCACUGGGAUCGAUGUUGGUGGCCAUAACGAAGCUGUUGCGCUAUAUUCUCCUUUAUAUCCAGAAGAAAGUGAAGAAGACGGAUAACUGGUUCACAAGGUUCAUUCUGAAAAUUUGUGCUUGUUGUUUCUACUGUCUGGAGAAGUGCAUCAAAUACAUCAACAAGUAUGCUUAUAUAAUGAUGGCAAUUUUCGGUACAAACUUUUGCACUUCGGCCAAGAAUGCCUUCAGCUUGUUGCUGCGGAAUGCAUUACGGGUUAUAGUCGUUGACAGUGUGGUCAUAUUCUUUUUAUUUUUUGGAAAACUGGUAAUUGUGGGAGCCCUGGCUAGUGGAUUUUAUUAUUUCUUAUCCAACCAAAUCCCUGGACUGGAGGCAUAUGUUCCCGCUUUGAACUUCAUUUAUGUCCCCAUAGUGACUAUUGUAAUCGGCAGCUACAUUAUUUCCUCGAUGUUCUUCGGUGUGUAUACCAUGGCCAUGGAUACCAUGUUGUUAUGCUUCUUGGAAGACCUGGAGCGAAACGACGGAUCCGAGGACCGGCCAUAUUAUAUGACUAAGAGCCUAAUGAACAUUUACUCGAAAACGAACCGGCUUAAAUCCUCACUGGACAGCGACGAUAUAACCGCAACAGGAAAAGUUGUGGACAAACCGUAGACAAGGCCAAAAGAAAUGGGUAGCUUUCCGGUGAACAGUCUAUGGUUGUGCAAUGUUUUCCUAAUUGUUAAAAAUUAGUAGACGGUAUCAGAGCGUGUUCCUUCUGGUAAAUGUUGAUCGUGAGGCUUUUUUAUAAGGCACCGUUGUUCAUGCGAUAAAUACUUUAACUUCAGCAUUGACGGAAGUAAUGACAUUAACAUGGA